AAGAAAGUGAUCAUUUUUUUACGAAGAAAACGAGGAAACGACUACCAAUCAAAAUCCCUCCAUGGAAAAUAACGACGGACUUUUCCUCUUAAGUUGCUUCUCUCGUUGGCGGACUGCGAUGGAUCACCUCGUUUAUCCACUUUGUGACUUGGAUGGAAGCUACCUUCGUGCAAUUAAUCCUUAAUUAAUAAUGGAAGCCUUGAAUUGUCCGUAUUCUUUUGCUAUUUGUCAGUACAAGUUCAACAAUGUCUUCUUUUUUCCCCCUUUUUAUAUUAACGAUUCUUGCCCAUGUUCACACUUCAAGCCUCCAGUUGUCUUUCUUGGAAUCCCACUUUAUUUUACUCAUUCAACUCUCUCUUCCCUUUCAUUCUUGUUUUAUACUCCCACCAUUCCCUUCAAAACCUCCAUUCUCCUCUCUUUCUGUCCUGUCUCAAACUUUUCUUUGGCUUCACUUAUAUCUUGCCCAUCUACGAGUUGCGCAGAUUCACAUUUAUUGUCAGGAUUCAUUUGGUGACACUCAAAUGCUUGAUUUUACCUUCAUAUGAACUGGGUAUUUGCCAAAUUUUGAUUUGGAGAUCCAUUCGCCUUGUUUAAAAAAUUUCCAUCUCUAGUUGUUUGAUAUCUGCUCAUCUGCAAGAAAAAUCUGGUCAUUAUGGCUCAAACUGCUAUUGAUCAUUCAUUCUCGCUUGGGGGCUCGCAUCAUACGCAGGGUCAAGAAGCAGUGCCUUUCCAGACCAAUAAAGGGUCUCUGAAAGUUUGCCUUUUGCAUGGAAAUUUAGAUAUUUGGGUUAAGGAAGCUAAAAACCUUCCCAAUAUGGAUAUGUUUCAUAAAACCUUGGGGGACAUGUUUUCCAAAAUGCCUAUGAAGAUUAGCCGUGUAAGUAAUAAGAUAACCAGCGAUCCAUAUGUCACAAUUUCAUUAUCUGGUGCUAUAAUUGGGAGGACUUUUGUGAUUAAUAAUAGUGAGAAUCCAGUAUGGAUGCAGCACUUCAAUGUUCCUGUUGCACAUCAUGCUGCAGAGCUGCACUUUGUCGUCAAAGACAAUGACGUUGUUGGCUCACAGCUUAUAGGUGCUGUGGGAAUCCCAGCAGAGCAGCUAUGUUCUGGCACGAGAAUUGAGGGCAUUUUCCCAAUUCUAGGCACCAAUGGGAAGCCCUGCAAGCCUGGAGCUGUUUUAAGUUUAUCAAUUCAGUUUACCCCAGUGCAGCAAAUGGCAAUUUAUAAGCAUGGAGUAGGUUCAGGUCCAGAUUACAAUGGGGUUCCUGGAACAUACUUUCCUCUUAGAAGAGGAGGCAAAGUUACCCUUUAUCAAGAUGCUCAUGUUCAUGAUGGCUGCCUCCCUGAUGUGAGGCUUGAUGGUCAUGUUCAGUACGAGCAUGGAACUUGCUGGCUUGACAUAUUUAAUGCUAUCAGUCAAGCUCGGCGUUUUAUUUACAUUACUGGGUGGUCUGUAUACCACAAGGUUAGAUUGGUUCGAGAUGGUCAUGAAGGAAAGGAUUGCACAUUGGGAGAUCUUCUCAAAAUCAAAUCUCAAGAAGGUGUAAGAGUGCUGCUCCUUGUAUGGGAUGAUCCUACUUCUAGGAGUAUCUUGGGAUAUAAAACGGAGGGGAUCAUGAAUACCAAUGACGAGGAAACUCGCCGUUUUUUCAAGCACUCCUCAGUGCAAGUGCUGCUUUGCCCUCGAUCUGGUGGAAAAGGACACAGCUUUAUGAAACAGCAGGAAGUUGGAACAAUCUAUUCUCAUCAUCAGAAGACAGUGAUAGUGGAUGCUGAUGCAGGUCAUUUUAAAAGAAAGAUUGUAGCGUUUAUUGGAGGACUCGAUCUAUGCAUGGGCAGAUAUGACACUCCACAGCAUCCUCUUUUUAGAACGUUAGAAACUGUGCACAAAGAUGACAUUCAUAAUCCUACCUUCGUGGAGCCUGUUGCUGGUUUUCCAAGACAACCAUGGCAUGAUUUGCACUGUAAAAUUGAUGGUCCAGCAGCAUAUGAUAUUCUCACCAAUUUUGAAGAGCGUUGGUUGAAGGCUUCAAAACCUCGUGGGAUUCAUAAACUUAAGGCCUCAUAUGAUGAUGCAUUACUCAAACUUGAAAGAAUUCCUGAAAUAAUUGGGAUUGCUGAAGCUUCUAGCCAUGCUGACAAUGACUCAGAGACUUGGCAUGUUCAGGUCUUCCGUUCAAUUGAUUCCACUUCUGUCAAAGGCUUUCCAGAUGAGCCAAAGGAUGCAACAAGCCGGAACCUGUUAUGCGGGAAGAAUGUGCUCAUAGACAUGAGCAUACAUACAGCAUAUGUCAAGGCAAUCCGAGCUGCCCAACAUUUCAUCUAUAUUGAAAACCAGUACUUUCUUGGAUCAUCAUAUAAUUGGGAUUCUCACAAAGACAUAGGUGCAAAUAACUUGAUUCCUAUGGAAAUUGCUCUUAAGAUUGCCAACAAAAUCAGAGCAAAUGAGAGGUUUUCUGCAUAUAUUCUUAUCCCAAUGUGGCCAGAAGGUGUUCCUUCAGGGGCUCCUACGCAGAGGAUUCUCUAUUGGCAGCAAAAAACAAUGCAAAUGAUGUACGAAACAAUUUACAAGGCUUUGGUGGAAGUUGGACUUGAAAACACAUAUCAUCCGCAAGACUACUUAAAUUUCUUCUGUCUUGGCAACCGUGAGGCACUCGACAGAGAAAACAGUUUAAAUGGUCAAACUCCCAAUUCAACAAGCACUCCUUCGGCAUUGAGUAGGAAAAAUCGACGGUUUCAGAUUUACAUCCAUUCAAAAGGAAUGAUAGUGGAUGAUGAGUAUGUGAUAAUGGGAUCAGCAAAUAUCAACCAGCGCUCCAUGGAUGGUACCAGAGACACUGAGAUAGCAAUGGGUGCAUAUCAACCUCAGCAUACCGUAGCAAGACACUCUCAUGCACAUGGACAGAUUUACGGGUAUAGGAUGUCAUUGUGGGCAGAGCACAUUGGAGGUACUGAGGAAUGCUUUAAGCAGCCAGAGAGUCUUGAAUGUGUGAGACGUGUAAGGUCACUUGGUGAGCUCUACUGGAGACAGUAUGCAGCUGAUAAUGUGACAGAAAUGAAGGGUCACCUCUUGAAGUAUCCAGUUGAUGUUGAUCGAACAGGGAAAAUCAAGGCUCUUCCUGGCUGUGAAACAUUCCCAGAUGUUGGUGGUAACAUACUAGGAUCAUUUAUAGCCAUUCAAGAAAAUCUCACAAUUUGAGAUAUAGGAAUUAGCCAACUCGCAUUUGUUCUGCUGCACAUUUAUUCAGUCACGUAUCUGAUUUUCCCUUUGUUAUGUUGCAAAUUCGACAUGAAUAUUAUUUUCUAGAUUAAA